AUGUUCCAAAGGUCUAUCAUCCGAACCCUUAGAACUGCCUCGAGGGCGAACCUUGCUUCCGUAACUGCUGUCAGACCUGCAGUUGCGCUUUCCGUUCGUUUCAACUCGACCCAACCCCCCUCGUCCACUAAAGCUUUCAAAACUCCCGAGGAGCAAGAGAGGAGACAGCAACUUGACUUGCAAGACAAAAUGGAAAAAGACUGGGAUGCCAAAGUCAUCACCUACGAAGACUUCCUUCCCAAAACAGAAAACCCUUCAGCUGAUGCAUACAUUAUUGAUGUUCGUGAACCAGACGAGGUGAUCCAGGGAAUGAUCCCUUCUGCUGUCAAUCUUCCCCUCUCUGUACUCCCGGAAGCCCUCCAUAUGGACAGGGAAGCGUUCUUCAAUAAAUUCAGAUUUGAAAAACCACGACCCACUCAAGAGGUCACGUUUUACUGCAGGAGUGGCAAGAGAAGUUCCACCGCGUCUGACAUUGCUAAACGCAAUGGAUUCACAAACAUCUUGAACUAUAAAGGAUCAUGGCUUGAGUGGGUAGAGAAGCAGAAUCCCAAACCUUCCUCUUAA